UUACAGGUUUGGUUGCUUUAGUUUAGAAUAUGCUAUUCAUUUAUUACCAUAAAUAAUCAAACCAUAAUUAAUUUUUUUGUUUAUUUAAAUGCAUUGCUAAAGAUAGAAUUAUAAUAGUAAAAAAAGAACUAUUAAUAUAUAUACCUCUAGACAUUUGCUUUGUUUUAAUGGGUAUGUUCUUAACUUUGGUUCAUGUAAGGUGGUAUGGUAUUUUAGUGAAUUAUGUUCUCCUAAAUUGGAAAGCAGUUAAAAUAUCAAGCACAACAAUAUUAUAAACAAUUAAAUACAACCGCAUGAAAAAAAAAAAACUGUAUUCAUAAUUAUCCAACAAUUUCACUACCCAAAAUUAAACAAACAAACAAACAAAAAUAUUUCCCUAAAAAUAAAAUUGGAAAUCUAAGAAUCAAGAACUCAAAAUCAAAAUAAAAAAUCGAUUCUGUCCUUUGAAUCAUUGGAUUCCAAUUCCUAUCCAAAUUUAGGAAAGAAAAAGAAAUCCUAAACUCUUAUUAUUGUCUUUCUUCCAAUUUAAACUUUUUCCUUUUUCUCUCUCCCAACCGUAAAACUGCUGUUUUUGCUGUCUUUUCUUUUCUUUUCCUUCCAAUUUUUAUCUAUUAAAAGUUCUUUGCCACUCUCAACCUUUUUUCAAACUAAGUUCUUUUCCUCUAUAUUAAAAGAGUUUUCCAAACAAUCUCCAUCUUCCCCCAUAACAAAAUACAACAACAACAAGAGCACAACGUACAAAUUCUUCUUCUUUUAUUUUGUUUUUCUAUUUCUUUCUUUACCUAACAAUGUCUAACUAAAAGACGAUCUUGGCCGUCGUCUUUGAUCAUCAUGUCUUCCCUUUUAAAUUCUUCCAACUUGGUCUUCGCCACCGUCAUGGUGGUCUCCAGCACGGCCCUCAUUCUCGCCUUACUCCGUCAGAAUAAACCCGAUCUCUCCUCUCCUCCCCCAUCCCAACUCUCCGGCGAAACCACUUCCCCCAAAUCCCAACUUCAGAUUCUCCGCCCUUGCCUCUCUUCAGGUGGGAAGAAAGGAAAGAAGAAGAAGAAAGUACAGUUUGCAGAGAAUAACAAUAACAAUACUAAUAGUGAUGUGAAGAAGAAAGGAAUUAAAGAAAUACAAAGAGAGAAGAUAAUGUUGAUGAUGAUGAAGAAAAAUGAGAGAUUGAAAUUAGUGAAGAAAGUUCAAUGCAGAAAUAAUAAUAAUGCAAAAUCUUCAUCUUCAUCAUCAUCAUCAUCGUCAUCAUCAAAUCAUCGAAUCCCCCAAAAUAGACUUACUCUCUACAAUGCUAUUCUAAGAGAUCGUUGUGCUCAUAGAAUCCAAUUUUCUUACUAAUUUUUUUUUUCCUUCCUAAUUUCAUGUAAAUAUUAUUUUCCCCAUUGGAUUAUUUUUUAUUUUGAUGUUGUUUAA